AGCACUACAGUAUGUGAACAGGCUGUCAGAAAUGAAAGUGCAGGAAAAUUUUUACCCGCUUCAGCCAAGGGAGAGCAUUGUGUAGAGUACACCGAAGGAUAAUCACGAGAGGAAGAGAGAGAGAUGACGAGAGAGAGGUUUGAUUAAUUCAUGCAGGAGGGGAGGGAUGUUUCUGCCGCUGACAGAGCUGUUUCCAGCGCUGCCUGUAGCAUUGUGUUUGUGAACCCGUCCGUUUGUGCCCUGGCGGUGACAGCACUUAGAGCAGCCGGGAUUCAGCAACCCUACAGCAGACAUCAUCACCUAAACAAGCAGAGAUUGCUCCGGUUGAUAGGUCAUCAGUUGAGCCUCACCGUGACCGUCUGUGUGCACCUGUCACCUCCCCAUCGCAGAGCUCCUCAAAUCACAACUCCUACUGGUGGCGUGGCGUGGCACACACCUCACCUUGACCCUCGUCCUUGGGCCCCUCCCUUGUUUUGCCACUUUAUGCCAGAGACGCCUCUUCACCAUCUGCUCAUAAAGGAAGCAGUUAAGAUGCUGCCAGAUCUCCCCAUCUCAUUCUCAUAUCUCACCCGACGAUAAUCAUCUCAAUUCCCCCUGCUUGCCGCACGUGCUCCAACCGGUGAGAUGGGAGACUGGGUGUGUCUGAGUCCGGCUGAGUUCUCCCAGCUUCAGCAGUACAGUGAGUAUUCCUCCAAGAAGCUUAAAGAUGUGCUGGGAGAGUUUCAUGGAAAUGGUGUCCUCUCCAAGUACAACCCUGAGCAGAAGCAAGAUGUUUUCAACCAACCCAUUGACUACGAGGGCUUCCGGCUUUUCAUGACCACCUACCUGGAGAAUAACAUCCCGGAGGAAUUGUGCAAACACCUCUUUACCUCUUUCAAGAGCAAGUCUGGUGAAGGCAGCUCCCCUGACACUUCUCGAUCUGGAGCAGGCAUGCUGGAGCCCAAGUCCAUUGAUGCAGGCAUCUCUAUACAGACUGAAGUGGCCUGUGCUCCUAUAACAGGUAUCAAUGGAAGGAGCAUUCUGAGCACCAUGGGCCAUCAUACACCAGAGGCCUCUUCAGGGAUUACUCGAGGCUCAGGGGCCACCACGUCUCCCUGCUCCUCCCGGUCAUCCUCACAACGCUCCGGCACAGGGGGCCACACACCCAGAGGACCCCACCAGUCGCCCGGCAUGCAGCCCAAACCCCUGGUGGGCAGCAGCAGCAGCAAUGCUUUGGCUCUCUCCAAGACCACCAACUCCCCGCACCUCUCGCCAGAGCGAAGUCAAUUUGAGAAGUGUUCAUCUCUCCGGAGGAGUCCUUCUCCACAAAAGGGCUCUCCACUGCCCUCGCCCCAAGUGGUCUUCCUCAAAGACAUUGUGUGCUACCUGUCCCUGCUGGAGAGAGGGACACCAGAGGACAAGCUUGAAUUCAUGUUCCGGCUGUACGACACAGAUGGCAACGGUGUGUUGGACAGUUCGGAACUUGACCGCAUAAUAAAUCAGAUGGUCCAUGUAGCUGAGUACCUGGAAUGGGAUUCAACAGAACUACAGCCGAUUCUUAAGGAGAUGAUGGAGGAGAUCGACUAUGAUCGAGACGGAACAGUCACACUAGAGGAGUGGAUCAGAGGAGGAAUGACAACCAUACCACUCCUGGUACUGCUGGGAAUGGAGACGAAUGUGCAGGAAGAUGGGCAGCAUGUUUGGAGACUAAAGCACUUCAACAAGCCAGCAUACUGUAAUUACUGCCACACUAUGUUGUUAGGGGUGCGAAAACAGGGCCUUUGCUGCUCACUAUGCAAGUACACAGUCCAUGAGCGCUGUGUGUCCAAAGACAUUGCUGCUUGCAUUAGCACCUACGCCAAGUCCCGUAGACACACCAAUGCUAUGCAGCAUGUCUGGAUGGAGGGUAACUCUCCAACAAAAUGUGACAGAUGUCACCGCAGUAUCAAGUGCUAUCAAGGCCUAACGGGCCUUCACUGUGUUUGGUGUCAAAUCACUCUCCAUAACAAGUGUGCAUCCCAUGUGAAGCCUGCAUGUGAUGGUGGACCAUUUAAAGAUCACAUUCUCCUGCCAUCAUACAUCUGCCCUGUUGUUCUGGACCGUCAGCCUGCUGUUAAAAGAAGUGAAGGAGAGUCAUCCCCCAGUACAAGUCCUGAGGACACUGGCCAGUGUUUCAAGUUUGCCGGUGAUGGUCAAGCACUGCAAAUCACCCCUCUGCCCGGAACACAUCCCCUUCUUGUGCUGGUUAACCCUAAAAGUGGUGGUCAGCAGGGUGAGAGGGUGCUGCGGAAAUUCCAGUACUUGCUCAACCCCAGACAGGUGUACAGUCUGGACCGGGGAGGACCCAUGGUAGGGCUCAACUUUUUUCGAGACGUGCCUGAUUUCCGUGUGUUGGCCUGUGGAGGCGAUGGAACAGUGGGGUGGAUUUUGGACUGCAUUGAUAAGGCCAGUUUUGCUCUGCACCCCCCUGUCGCUAUCCUACCACUGGGAACAGGGAAUGACCUUGCUCGCUGCCUGCAUUGGGGCGGAGGCUAUGAAGGAGGCAAUCUGGUCAAAUUCCUCAGGGACAUCGAACACAGCACCGAGGUGCUGCUUGACCGUUGGAACAUUGACAUCAUCCCUGACGAUAAGGAGGAAAAGGGUGACCCUGUGCCCUACAGCAUAGUAAACAACUAUUUCUCCAUUGGAGUGGAUGCAUCCAUAGCGCAUCGCUUCCACUUAAUGAGGGAGAAACAUCCUGAGAAGUUUAACAGCAGGAUGAAAAACAAGCUAUGGUACUUUGAAUUUGGCACCACAGAGACCAUCUCAGCCACUUGUAAAAAGCUGAACGAAACCAUUGAGGUGGAGUGUGAUGGCAUCAUCUUGGACCUGAGCAGCACGUCUCUGGAGGGCAUUGCUGUGCUCAAUAUUCCCAGCAUGCACGGAGGCUCCAACCUGUGGGGUGAAACCAAGAAAAGACGCAAUUACAAUCGCAUGAGUAAGAAAGUACCAGAAAGGAUGACUGCCAGCACCAUCACCGAUGCCAAGGAGCUCAAGUUUUGCGUGCAAGAUCUGAGUGACCAGCUUCUGGAGGUUGUGGGCUUAGAGGGAGCCAUCGAAAUGGGUCAGAUCUACACAGGUCUCAAGAGUGCUGGGCGGCGCCUUGCACAGUGUUCCAGUGUCAUCAUCAGGACAUCCCGGCUGCUGCCCAUGCAGAUUGAUGGAGAACCAUGGAUGCAGCCUCCUUGCAUGAUACGGAUCACGCAUAAGAACCAGGUGCCCAUGCUGCUGGGGCCACCACAGAAAACUCCAUUCUUCUUCUUCAAGAAGCGCAACAGAAGUCAGGACUAAAUCUGGGACUCCAAAAACCACCAGCUCUAAAAUCAAACAGUCACACAAACAUCUCCACCUUCCUCAGAUAGAAAAGGCUGUGUGCAGAUCUUCACACUUCGAAACACUUUGGUGAACUUUCAUUGACAAACGUUAAAAACACUGUACAAAAUAACACUGUAAUAGGCCUUUAAGGCCAGUGGAAUCCAUCUACCAACAUAGCCUGAUCUUCUCAGGUUGAACCAAUUGAAUGGACCCUCUCUGAGUGUCUUGACCACUUCCUGUGUCUCAUGAUCCAGAAAUUGUUAUUGCAGGCAACGUGACGUGUAAUCUAUAACUCAAUUCCAACCAAACUGCCCCCUACCACUGCUUUGGGAUCAACAAUGUGCCAUUUCCCUCUUCUUGAGAAAGCUUAUUGGAAGAUACUGCCAAUUUCCAAGAGAGAGAGCGAAAGUUCAUAUGGAAGGCCAAAAGCACAAGAAACUUUGCUUAUUGAGAGGAAAUACCAAAAAAGGCCACUAAGCAGGGACGAAAGUCAAGUAUGGUUUAGAAAGGAGAGGUCUGUUCAAGUGAAAAGAGAAGGAGAGAGAGAGAGAAAGAGAGACACCCUGGCACAAUUAUGUUGUUAAAAUGAGGUUCGCUGGUGCUCAUUUGAACGUCACUGGGCCCUGUCUUAGCCUAGUAGGACCAGGGAACAAACUUUUCUCCUGCAGGAGCUUACUGAAUUAUAGAUCAGUGCAAGCAAAGCACUUGUUCCAGUGGCUCUCCGAGGCCCUUCAACAUGCCACCCCUAAAGGGAUGAAACGGCAAUCUCAUGUAUAAUGAAGAUGUUUAUGAGGGUCUGCUGAUAGGGAUAGGAUAGACUAGGCUAAAAGAGAACAUUUCAUCUUCUGUACUUUGCACUGGGCAUUUUUGGUGUUCACCCUCAGACCUCAAAACAACCAGUACACGUUUUGUUAAAUACAAUUGGCUGGAUAUUUGUAUCCCAUAUUCCCCUUUUAAACAGCAGUGUUUGGUACUUAGUGUGGAGAAUGGACUGGGGUCUUUCAAAAUAAUAAAAAUUAGAUUGAGGGAGCUCUUAAAUGUGAAGUGUAUCAUUUUUUGUAUAUUAAAAUACUUUUCUAUGAAUAUUCCGGGUUCAAUACAAGUUAAGCUCAAUUUACAGCAUUUGUGGCAUAAUGUUGAUUACCACAAAAAUUUAUUUUCGUCCGUCCUUUUCUUUAAAAAAAAAAGCACAAAUCAAGUUACAGUGAGGAACUUACAAUGGAAGUGAAUGUGGCCCAUUUUGGGAGGGUUUAAAGGCAGACAUUUGAAGCUUAUAAUUUUAUAAAAGCACCUGUAUUAAUUCUUCCAUUAAAGCUCAUGUAUUAUUUUAGCUGUAAAGUAAAUCGUCAUGUUUACAGUCAUUUUAGGGUUUUAGUGUUUGUUGACAUUACAUCAUCAUUGCAACAGUUGUAAGUUGUAAAAUUGGCUUUAACUUUACACAGAAAAGGUUAGUAAGUGAUUUCAUCACACUAAAAUCACACAUAUUUGUUAAAUUGUUAACACACAUAUUGUUUAUGUCUUGUGGCAAUACUUUUGAAAAAGUGAGUAUUUUAAAGUUCUGUAACCCAGUUUUUUGUUUUUGUUUUUUUAAGAAAAGGAGGGGAAAGUCAAAAUUAUUUUUGCAGUAAUCAAUAAUAUGCCACAAAUGCUGUCAAUUGAGCUUGAACCUGUAUUGAGCCUGGAACAUUCCUUUAAUAUGCAGGGACAGCUAUAAUUAAGCCAUUUGAAGGUUGAUUCCUCCCACAAGUGUAAGAACUGUGGCACUGUAAUACUUGCUGUUUUUGUUUGAGCAUCCUGACAAGCCCGAAAUUUUAAUAUUCAGUAUUUUUUCAUGCAUGUGAAAAAACGAUAUUAUUAAACAAUAAUUUGUCUUUUUAAAAUGCCAUGUACAUGCUUUAGUCCGACUGAAAUCAGUAAGAUUUUUAUAAAGUCAGAUUAAAAGACUUAGUAAUUUGAUUGUAGCAUGGCUUCGUCCAGCGUGUAAACAUGUUAACCGGUCAACAAUCAUUGUGCACAUGCUCCAAAAGACAGAGGUGACGCACAACAUGUAUUCAACUACUACUUGAUUUUCUGACCAAAGGCAGUCAGGGGGAGUAUUCGAGAAACCUGUCUGAAAACAGUGGUUACUUCUGCAAUUGCAGAAAUUACACACUUCACCUUUAUAUUUGCAAAUCAGUGCAGAACUUUACUAAUUACCAUUUAUCAGUGAAAAACACAAUUUAAUUGGAUGAUUUUAUGAAAGCCAAAAGAAAUUUAUGGUAGCAUUAAGUUCAUUGAGAGCAGAAUGCUGUGGAUUCUGCUUAAUUUUCAAUAAUUAAAUUUCUAACCCCAAAUCACUCAAAGUAUUUGCAAAUUAGGAAAACAAAAAAUAGGAAAUGAAAAAAGAUAGAAGGAAAAAAUGUGCUUCUACAUGUGUUAUCGGAGCCCAGUCUGAGAAACAGAAACAGAGUCCCUUCACUGUGGCUUAUUGCAUCUCCAUCCUGAGAGCAGUGAAAUCAAUCCAGCACUGGAAUUAACACUGAAUCCCAUGGUCCUCCUAUCUCACAACAAGCUACCAGAGUGGGGUUUGAUAUACUGCUGCAUGGACGGGGCCUAAAUUUAACUUCCUAUUUCAGGGAGUGUCUUUUCUGUGAAACACUAUUUCUAAUUGCAGCAUAAAAAACAUCAGCUUGCGAUUUUAGGUCGGCAGUCAAAAGGGUGUAAAAGUGGCCCAAAUGAAUACAAAGAACAGAAGUUAUUUGUAGUUAUCUUCUAACAACAGAUUUUAUGGGAGAACAUCACCCAAGUUAUGAAGUGAGCUUUUUAUUUUUUACCCUCUUAGGCCCAUAAAGAGUAUUUAAUUGUUAAAUUAAAGAUGCCCGCUUUGUAUCACUAUUUGUAUAUUCCUAGAGCCUUGUGUGCAUAUGCAGUAUAUGAAUGUGUUUAGAGGUAUAACUUAUAGUGAAACGUUAUAUCAUAUGUUAGAUGAUGGGUGACAUGAUUGACUGGAGCCAUCAGGCAAAUGCCCCCAAUAUAGAUCAAUACUCAGUGAUCAUAAGAUGCAUCUGCAGUGUGCCGGUGUUAAGACUUUUUCCCAUGCAAAGGUCUGUGUUGGAAGCUGUUGAUAUUUCACCAAUACAGAACUGGGAUCAGAUUUACUUUAUCAUAGGAAGAUUAAAGUCCAGGUGUGGUAUUUUGAAACUGAUCCCAGCUCAGCUCUGGUUAAAUCUUACCAGGGAUAGCAGGUUAAUGUUCCCUUUAAAGAACACUGAACCGCAGAAGCUACACCAGUGUCCUAAAAAAAAUUUAAUCUCUUUAUUUGAGCACAGGAUAGAGUGAAGUUCAAAACCAGUCAGUUUAUCGUGAAAGUUAAAGGGAUAGUUUACCCAAAACAAAGAAAGUCAUACAGGUUUGAAACAACAUGUGGGUGAGUAAAUUAUGACAGAACUUAAUUUUUGGGUGACCUAUCCCUUUAAUGGUGGAUUUUGCUCACAGAGCCCUAUUGUUCCUGUGGUCACUGGUCAGAUGGUUUAUCCUGUGUGACAGUCUGGUGUUUAAAGAACGGCGGUUUGGUGAAGAGUGCAUGUUUACAACUACUUUUCAUUUUACAGUUUAGAAUGAUUUUAAAAAGUCAUGUAUAUAUAGAUAUUGUUUAUAUUUUAUCUAAAUUUUAACUACCGCAUGCCUGCUGAAACAAAGUCGACAAAGAUGUCUGCUUGAAGAGACCACGCUGAUUGUUGCUAGUUUCACAUGAUUAUAUUUUUUUGACCCUAUCCAGACCAUAAGCCCUUUGUAUCUAUCCACUGUACUUUUCCAUUUCUGUUAAUAGCAUGUUCAUUGUAAAAGUACCUUUGUGGCUGUUCUUUGUCAUUUUUUGUAUUUUGUAGACAGAGGUUUGUCACCAAUACUGUAUGCUGGCCAAUGGGCAACUGAGGAUUGUCACUGUCCUUUUUCCCACAUGAAAUGUCAUUUCUAAAUCCUUCCAAUGUCACAUUGCAUGUUGUUUCUGUCUAAAUAAGUAACUGAUAGCCUUAACUUGCAAAUACAAAAUAGCAUUUUGCCUGGAGCAAAGUAAGACUCUUGCAAUACAAGCCACUGGAUAAUCAACCAAAAGAGGAACCAAACUUUCAAAUGCUGAAAAGAGAGUUCAACAUCUGUUUUGCUGUGUGUUGCAAUAACUCAUUGCUAUCAAUGUUAUCAUACUGGCCUACUCGCUCUCAGCUGUUCAGCACAGAGGUGAUCGAGUGAUGUCCUGGACAUCACAAAUUAGUUAGAUGAUGUUUUGGACAGCACAUUUUUCAUAAUGUUAAGAUAAUGUUUUUGCAGUCAUCAGAUCUUUUUAGCUGUCCUGAAACUGUGAUUGCUGAAUCUGGCCAUCAUGGUCUCUUUUCUCAUUAAAAAUGAUGCUAUUUUAUCUGUAAAAACCUUGCUGCCUCUUGAGAACAAAUCAGGAAAGGAUUUUAAAGGGAUUUUCACCCGAUAUUAAAUUUUAAAAAUUCUGUUAUCAUUUAUUUACUCUCAUGAUGUUCCAAACCUGCAUGACAUUCUUCUGUGAAACACAAAAGGAGAUGUUAGGCAGUCACCAUUCACUUUUACUGAAUCUUUUUUCCAUGUAAGUAAAGGGUGACUGAGGCGAACAUCUCUGUUUUGCCUAACAUUUCCCUGUGUUUUCAACCAUAGAAAGAAAGUCAUAUGGGUUUGGAACAACACAAGAUUGAGUAAAUGACAGAAUUUUCAUUUUUGAGUGAACUGUCCUUUUAAGGAUGGUGAACUUUGUUAAAGGGAUAGUUCACAAUGAAAAUGAAAAUUCUCUCAGCAUUUAGUCACCCUCAUGCCAUCCCAAAUGUUUAUAACUUUCAUCUGCAGAACACAAACAAAGAUAUUUAGAAGAAUAUCUCAGCUCUGUUGGUCCAUUCAAUGCAAGUGAAAGGUGGCCAGAACUUUGAAGCUCCAAAAAUGACAUAAAGGCAGCAUAAAAGUAAUCCAUGUGACUCCCAGAUCAAUAUUUAAGUCCUUUUUUAGGAGUACAAUACUUAAGUCCUUAAUUACUUUUAUGCUGCCUUUAUGUCAUUUUUGGGGCUUCAAAGUUCUGUCUGUGUUCUGCAGAAGAAAGAAAUUCAUUCACAUCUGGAAUGGUAUGAGGGUGAGUAAAUGAUGAGAGAAUUUUAAUUUUUGAGUAAACUAUUCCUUUAAAGCCCUUGUGAUGUCAAAAUCCUAGACUCAAAUAUGAUGUUAACUUAAUCUUCAGCCAAACACCACUUUACCCUUACCCUCCACAUCCAAUAUAACAGAUGUCCUUACCUGUCUCAUAGAGACAGCAUGGUUUAUCUCAGUGUUUCUCUAUUUUUAGCUGGGACAGAUGAACAGUAUUGAGCAGCACUGAUGCAGUAGAGCCCAUAUUGACCCUGAAUGUGAUGUUCUACAUGUAUGUACAACUCCUGCCUUAGGGUUAGUGUGGUUUGUAGCAGUCCAUCUGUGUGGUAGGCAACAAGGUCAGGGACAGAGAUUCCUACAGACAGAGAUUGGGUUUAAGGGCAAGGAUUAAUCGUACCCUUAACAAACCCACGUAGCCUCUUAUACUCUGUUCCUUGUUAGGUGUAGGAUGUUCACCUACACCAUAUGUUGAUGGACAAAAGAGUUUUAUUGAAUAAAAGGAAAGACUGAAGCACGGA